UUUACAAUGCUCCCCGGCUGCCCCCAUUUAAUUUCUCACUGCCUCAAACACUCUCCCAUUUUCUCUCUCUCCCUCUCUCUCCCCAGUGAUUCUGCAAGGAACCCUUUUAUUUGUCUGGCCACCAUUGACAUCUCCAGAACUCCAUAACACUAUUCUCUGUUGCCCUUUGCCUGAACAGUGAUGGCUGUUAUUGUGCUUUUAAUGCUGAUGUUGGCCAUGACUGGCCAUGCUAGCUGCACGUGGUGUGUUUGCAAGGAUAUGUCUGAUGCAGUCCUUCAAAAGACUUUGGACUAUGCUUGUGGAGCUGGGGCUGAUUGUAGACCUACCCAUUCAAGUGGUGCUUGUUUCCAACCUAAUACUGUCAAGGCCCAUUGCUCUUAUGCUGUAAAUAGCUAUUUCCAAAAGAAAGGCCAAGCUCAAGGCUCUUGUGAUUUUGCUGGCACUGCUACCGUUUCUGCAGCUGAUCCUAGUUCUAGUGGCUGUUCUUAUCCCGCUACCGUCAGUGCUGCAGGGACUAGCAUAACUACUCCAACUCCGGUGACCACAAACCCAUCUACCACCAACCCGUCCGGUACCACACCAACCACUACUACGCCAUACAAUACAACGCCUUCCAAUGGAGUAUUGGGAGGCAUAGGCAACGGUGCGAGUCCAACAGGAACUGGAAUAAACACAGACAUCAGUGAUGGUCGGUUCAGAGUUCCAAUCACUAGCUGGUUCCUUGUCUUUGUAACCCUCUUGAUUUCAAGCUUGAUGCUUUUGUGGGUUUGAAGAUGCAAAAGUGUGGGCAAUGGUGUUUGAUUAUGUGGGGUAGGGUGCCGCGAUUGAUGCUGUUAUAAUGUGUAUAUGCAUGCAUGUGAUUCUGCUGUUCGAUUAUAAUCUAAGAAUAUGCUAGCUUUGUUUGUUUUUCUUCCCCUCUAGGGGAAAAAAGAUGGGCUUCUUAUUCCUUUUGGGUAGUUCUGUGGUCACAGUGGAACAACCCUCUGUAUUUCUUCACGCCUCCGUCUGUACAUCUAGAUUUGGAUCUAGAGAAAAGCAGUUAUUUACUAGUCUACGAGAGUUUGGCACCCAUAUUACAGUUGCUACUACAAGACUUGGUUACUUAUGAUACUAUGUAAGGUUGUUUUUCGGUUGGCUGUUUUGUCC